CCUGACUGUCCCCAUCCCGCCCAGAUGCCAGUGAGCCUCUCCACGGCCCUGCGAGUUGUGGGGACCAGCCUCUUCGCCUUGGCGGUGCUGGGGGGCAUCCUGGCCGCCUACGUCACGGGGUACCAGUUCAUCCACACGGAGAAGCACUACCUCUCCUUCGGGCUCUACGGGGCCAUCCUGGGGCUGCACCUCUUCAUCCAGAGCCUCUUCGCCUUCCUGGAGCACCGGCGCAUGCGGGGCGAGGGGCGGCCGGUGCGGCUGGGGCGCUCGGUGGCCCUCUGCAUCGCCGCCUACCAGGAGGACCCCGACUACCUGAAGAAGUGCCUGCGCUCCGUCAAGCGCAUCGCCUUCCCCGACCUCAAAGUGGUGAUGGUGGUGGACGGCAACGGCCCCGACGACACCUACAUGCUGGACAUCUUCCACGACGUGAUGGGCUCCGAGCGGGCGGGCAGCUACGUCUGGAGGAGCAACUUCCACGCGUGGGGCGAGGGCGAGACGGAGGCCGGGCUGCGGGAAGGGCUGGCCCGCGUCCAGGCGCUGGUGCGCGGCACCACCUACUCCUGCAUCCUGCAGAAGUGGGGCGGGAAGCGCGAGGUGAUGUACACGGCCUUCCGGGCGCUCGGAGACUCCGUGGACUACAUCCAGGUGUGUGACUCAGACACGGUGCUGGACCCCGCCUGCACCGCCGAGAUGCUCCGCAUCCUGGAGGCAGACCCCCGCGUCGGCGGCGUCGGCGGCGACGUCCAGAUCCUGAACAAGUACGACUCGUGGAUCUCCUUCCUGAGCAGCGUGCGGUACUGGAUGGCCUUCAACGUGGAGCGCGCCUGCCAGUCCUACUUCGGCUGCGUGCAGUGCAUCAGCGGGCCCCUGGGCAUGUACCGCAACGCCCUGCUGCAGCAGUUCCUGGAGGACUGGUACCACCAGACCUUCCUGGGCAGCAAGUGCAGCUUCGGGGACGACCGGCACCUCACGAACCGCGUGCUCAGCCUGGGCUACCAGACCAAGUACACGGCCCGCUCCAAGUGCCUGACGGAGACGCCCACCCGCUACCUGCGCUGGCUCAACCAGCAGACCCGCUGGAGCAAGUCCUACUUCCGCGAGUGGCUCUACAACGCGCUCUGGUUCCACAAGCACCACCUCUGGAUGACCUACGAGUCGGUGGUGACCGGCUUCUUCCCCUUCUUCCUCAUCGCCACCGUCAUCCAGCUCUUCUACCGCGGCCGCAUCUGGAACAUCCUCCUCUUCCUGCUGACGGUGCAGCUGGUGGGCAUCAUCAAGGCCACCUACGCCUGCUUCCUGCGGGGCAGCGCCGAGAUGAUCUUCGUGUCCCUCUACUCCCUGCUCUACAUGUCCAGCCUGCUGCCCGCCAAGAUGUUCGCCAUCGCCACCAUCAACAAGUCGGGCUGGGGCACGUCGGGGCGCCGCACCGUCGUGGUCAACUUCGUGGGGCUGCUGCCGGUGUCGGUGUGGGUGGCCGUGCUGCUGGGCGGGCUGGCCUACACCGCCUACAGCCAGGACCUGCUCAGCGAGACCGAGGUGGCCUUCCUCGUCUCGGGAGCCAUCCUCUACGCCUGCUACUGGGUGGCCCUGCUCACGCUCUACCUGGCCAUCGUCGCCCGGCGCUGCGGCAAGCGGCAGGAGCAGUGCGGGCUGGCCUUCGCCGAGGUGUGAGCGGGGCGCCGGGGGACGGGGACACCGCCACCGUCCCUGCAGCAGCCCAAGGCAGCGUUCGUGGUUAAAGUUUUGUUUUUUUUUCCUUUUUUUUUUUUUCUUCCCUUUUUUUAUUUCAUUUUUUUUCUGUACGACUCAGCCUGGUGGGUGCUGGCGGCCAGGGAGCAGCCGCGCCGGGGCUGCCUGGAGCCGUGCUCGGCACAGCCUUGGUGCUGCAGGGGCAGUGCCAGCACCCCCCCCAGUGCCAUGAGCGUUUGGGCGCUGCGGGAGCUCCGCUGGCUGAGCUCCCCCCGCCCCGCCGGGGCCGCCGUCCUUCGGUGCUUUCCCCGGGGACCCCGAGGUCGUCCCCACGGUGCUACAGAGAGAGGACCCCACGCGUUCGGCCGGGUGCUGAGCCGUGAUGCUCGAUACCGCGGGGGUUGCUGCACCCCCACGGUGUGUCCCCCCCCUCCCCGUCCCCAAAAUCCCCGUGCAGCCCCUGCGUGAGCAGGAGCCGGCUGCAGGUUCAGCCCCGCUCCCUGCCGCGGCUCAGGGGCAGAGGUGGGAUUUCACCGCAGCGUCGGCACCGCUUCCCCUGGUGCUGCCAGCUGGGGCCACCCCCCCGGGGUCUCAGCACCCCCCGCUCCGUCCCCACGCAGCUCCGGCGGCUCACAAAUGUCCCCGAGGGCCACAUCCUCGCCCCAGGGCUGUGUAUGUGCGGGCACGUACCCACAGCUCCCCCCGACCCCUCUCGGGGGGCCCGGCUGCCCCAGGAGGGCAGCGCCCCCAUUGUGCUUUGCCAAAGAGCUCGGGGGGGGGGGGACCCCGGCUCCUAUUUUUGUGCCCGCAGCUUGGGCAGGAGCAGGAAAAGCGGGGCCGGGGGCUGGUGUCACCCACGCGGGGCCGUGGCGGAGCUCCGGCCAGCCCCCGGCCCUGCAGAGCCGAGCGCGCCCCGGCUCCGUGCCAGCUGCCUCCCCACAGCCCCUCCUCUGCCCCCCAGCUCUGGAAGCGCGGAGGGAGCCUGGCAUCUGUCUAGGCAGCGGGAGGGAGGCGCUGGGUUUUGGGCCCGGACAUGCAGAGGAGGGCGGGGAAAAGCCAGUUCCCAGCCUUUCCCUGCCCACCGGGUCCCCCCCGGUGCUUACCCACGGCCGUCUCCCCCGGGCCCUCUUUUUUCAGGGCCAGAACCUUUCUACAGCCGAGCAAUUUGGGUUUUUUAUUUAAGACGAGGUUUUUUAGGAGACUUUUGUAGCUCUUUUCGUAUUUACACUUAUUGCUGAUGGUUUGUAAAUCUAUU